GUGUUGUUGGCGGCCACGGCGGCGCAGCCCCUGGAGCGAGCGAGGCCACCGCCGCCGCCACUGCCGCAGCCGCAGGAGGCGUGAGAAGCAGACGCGAGGCGCUCGGCCGGGUUCACCUUGCAUGGUGUCAGAAGUGGGAUCUGAAGGUGCCACUGUGACUCCUGGGAUCGAGCGAGGUACUCACAUUUGAGCCUUUUGUGCUCUCUGCUUCUACGGAGUCACCAUAACUUUCCGUUUGGAGGUCAGAGCCUUCAGAUGGCAGAGAACAGUUUUUCAGGCGGUGUUCCCUCAGACGCCUUGGAGGCUGCUAAAAAUGCGAGUGACACAGAAAAGCUCACCGAUCAGGUGAUGCAGAAUCCUCAAGUUUUGGCAGCUUUACAGGAACGGCUUGACAAUGUCUCCCACACUCCUUCCAGUUACAUUGAGACUUUACCCAAAGCGGUGAAGAGAAGAAUCAAUGCGUUGAAACAGCUGCAGGUGAAGUGUGCUCACAUAGAGGCCAAGUUCUACGAGGAGGUGCAUGACCUGGAGAGGAAGUAUGCCGCGCUGUACCAGCCUCUGUUUGACAAGAGAAGGGAGUUCAUCACUGGUGAUGUUGAACCGACAGACGCGGAAUCAGAGUGGCACAGUGAGAACGAAGAGGAGGAUAAGCUGGCCGGAGACGUGAAAAGUAAAGUAGUCAUCGCGGAAAAGGAAGUCGCGACAGCCGAGGAGCCAAACCCCAAAGGAAUCCCAGAGUUCUGGUUUACCAUCUUUAGAAACGUAGAUAUGCUGAGUGAAUUAGUCCAGGAGUACGACGAGCCGAUCUUGAAGCACCUGCAGGAUAUUAAAGUGAAGUUUUCAGACCCCGGGCAGCCUAUGUCUUUUGUCUUAGAGUUCCACUUUGAACCCAACGACUACUUUACCAACUCAGUCCUGACAAAAACAUACAAGAUGAAGUCAGAGCCAGACAAGGCCGAUCCUUUCUCCUUUGAAGGCCCUGAAAUAGUCGACUGUGACGGGUGUGUCAUUGACUGGAAGAAGGGGAAAAACGUCACCGUCAAGACGAUCAAGAAGAAGCAGAAGCAUAAGGGCCGCGGCACGGUGAGGACGAUCACCAAACAAGUCCCCAACGACUCGUUCUUCAACUUCUUCAGCCCGCUGAAAGCAUCUGGGGAUGGAGAAUCACUGGAUGAAGACUCGGAAUUCACGUUAGCCUCCGACUUUGAAAUUGGACAUUUCUUCCGUGAGCGGAUAGUCCCGCGGGCCGUGCUCUACUUCACGGGCGAGGCCAUAGAGGACGACGACAACUUUGAAGAGGGUGAGGAAGGAGAAGAGGAGGAAUUGGAAGGUGACGAGGAGGGAGAAGAUGAGGACGAUGCCGAAAUUAACCCCAAGAAGGAGCCCAGCCAGCCCUCCGAGUGCAAACAGCAGUAAGACGACGGCACCGAGGACCCGUCGCGGCCGCAGCGCGACUGCACCGGCAGCCCUCGCCUCUAACUCGUUUUCAAGUGCAUGAUUUUGACGUUAACUUUUCCUUUAUCCUUAUUAUUUGGCUUAACCUGUACAGUGGCGACUUAAAUGCAUUUCAGAGAUAGGAGGUUUGCUUCCAGCACCCUCUACGGCCUUGGGUGCAGCUCGGUGGACUUCCCCAGGCCCUGCCUUUGGGAGGAGGGGGCGGCGGAAGGUCGGCCGACGCCAAGGGCAGACGUCCGGGGACGUGGUUCCAGGGCGUCUAGAACCAGUAACUCCACUCCGCAGUCGGACUGGAUUCUUCUUUCACUUGGAGAAACUCACACGCUUUGUGUUUCCGCCACCUGGUCUCCUGUGCUCUCGUCGUGCCCCAAGGGCUGGUAGAGUCGAGUCCCGUUCUUAGAGCGUUCCCUCUCCAGUUUUGUCUCCCUCGGGGUGGCGUAGGGGGUGCGCGCACCCCAGCCCCGAGGCGCCAGUGCUUGUGGUCCAUCCUCGUAUUUAUUUAUUCUCUCCUGCUCGUGAGGGCUCGGGGCGCCUGCCGUCGCUCGUCCUUACAGUCUCUGAACCCGUGUGUGUGCCUGGUGACCCGGUGACUCCCCAGGUGGGUGUGCUGGCGGCUCCCACGCGAGCCAGGCCUGCGUAGAGGGGACCCUCGCUCUGUCCCGCCAGCGGCCGAGGCCGGGCUCGUUUUCCUGCCGGACGGACCUCCGGCUCUGGCAGGGGCGCGGGGGGCGCCCGUGGCGGGGGGCCGCUUCUCCUAGUGUGUGCAUGUCGGGUCUUGCUUCCUCAGUAGCCCCUGUUUCUCGGCCCUGUGCUCAUCUUGUCUUCAAAGCCCUGGGUUCGGAGUGACCCGUUCUUGGCUGGCGUGUGAGGUUUCCGAGUGUGUGACCGCGGUCUCUGGCAGCCGGGGAUGCCGUGUCCACACUGUGACCAGGCCUGUAGAGUGCUCAGCCUUACUUACAAUACAUUUGUAACUGAAUACGGUGUUUUCAAUUUGUACAGAAUAGUUAGAAUAUUCUAUUAAAGUUGUGAAACACGAA